AUGUCGAUACAAUUUCUAUUUCUUAUAUCAAGACAAGGCAAAACAAGAUUAUCGAAAUGGUAUCAAACCUUACCUCAAAAACAAAAAUCCAAAAUCAUAAGAGAAUUAUCAACAAUAAUAUUAUCAAGAAGAUCCAAAAUGUGUAAUGUAUUAGAGUAUAGAGAUUUGAAAAUUAUAUAUAGAAGAUAUGCAUCUUUGUUUUUCAUAAUUGGAAUAAAUAAUCAAGAUAAUGAAUUAAUAGGAUUAGAAAUUAUUCAUAGAUUUGUUGAACAAAUGGAUAAGAUAUAUGGUAAUGUUUGUGAGUUAGAUAUAAUAUUUGGAUUUGAUAAGGCUUAUCAUGUUUUAGAUGAAUUAUUGUUAGAUGGGUAUAUUCAAGAAAGUUCAAAGAAAGAAGUUUUAAAAAGGGUCAAUCAGCAGGAUGAAUUGGAAAAUAUGGAUGAAUUUGAAAAAAUAUUGAUAUAA